GGCAAAACCGAUGUGAAAUGUCAGUUUAAUUUGAAUUUUGGGUAACUACAAGAAAAAACAGCUACUUAUCCAGUAGCCCAAUUCUUUUAGUGUUAAUACUGUCGAUUGUACCUGUACAACUUCAAAUUCUAUUAGGGGUGAGACAAUUUUUUAUUUGUAGCUGCGAAUAUACGUUUUAAUUGGACAUCUUCAGGCAAAAAAUGAACAAGGUUGGAAAUGGUCGAACCAAAUACUGUAUACAGUCUGAACAACAUCCUCAGCAGACUACUUGGGCACUGUGCUCAUUUAUGGAACACCAGAACUUCGUGGAUGUAGCCAUUCGCUGCGGAAAUAACGUUUUACGCGCUCAUAAAGUGGUUCUCGCUGCCCACAGUCCAUUGUUUAAGGAAGAACUGGAGAAAAAUUCAUCUGUCGAGCAAGUGGUGAUCACAGGAUGUGAUUCUUCUGUGGUGAGAUCCUUAGUGGAGUUCAUGUACUGUGGGCAAACUAUUAUAUCAGAAGAACAUGUCAAAUAUUUAGUUGCAGCAGCCAGGACAUUACGAAUGAAAACGUUAGAAAAUGUGACAUUUGACUGCCCCUUACCUGACGACAUGAUAGUGAUUCCUAAGCCCCAGUUUCUCUCCAAAAAGCUCAAAUACCCUGCUCAUCCGUUCAACCCAGCGCCAGUUUCGCCCAGCAAUCUGCACAAACCCAACAAAGUCAAGAGAAAGUUACGUAUAGAAGCUGAACACCAGGCAUGUGUUAAGGAAGCCCAGGCUAGUAGAUUGGCUAUUGCUAACUUGAAAAAAGAGAUCGCAUCUGCUCCACAGGCUAAUACUUUCAUCAUUGAAGAAACUUGCACGGAGACCACAGUUGAGAAUUUUAUUCCGCAUCCUACACUAGGAUUUGGUGCUGGUCAAGUGUUUUUGCCCACUGACCCAAAAGUGGCAGACAAUGUCAUUCAGUUGUCUAUACCCAAUAGCUCCGAAGAACUUACUGCUGAUAAGCUAAAGGAUCUAUUGGGAAACGAAGCCAACUCUAAUGUGGAGAUAAUGUUCAAGACCAGUGAUGGAAACUUCGUCACUGUCACUGACGAAGUGCUCCAGAACCUUCAGAAGGAUGGUCUGCAAUAUCAAGUGAUAGAUGAAGAAGGAAAAUUAGGCGAGGUUCAGGAAUUGCACCUUACUAAGGAUAAGAUCAAUACGGCGGAAGAAAAUACCCCGCUUAUUCCGGAAACGUUUGAUCUAUUCGGCAAUGCUGAAAUAGACUCGGCAGAUUUCACCAUUGAACCAUGUAAAGUAAUGGAUAACGCUGGUGCUUUGAUCGAUCCGAAAAACGUAGGGAUACUUUCACUGGAAUCUAAAGAGUUGAAAAGUCCUUUCAAAAUUUCAUCCAUAGUAAAUGAGAGCUAUUCAAUCGAAAACUUGCUUUUGAAUGCUUACGCUGAGAAGGAGCCAGAUGAUUGCAAGGUUGAAAUCCAGAUGAUGGAUGAUAAAGGAAACAUUCCUUCUACCGCGAGUACCGAUCAGAAAGAAGAUAGCAGUUUGACGUUUUCUCCUGAUAUUUUCUUUGCUGAUGUGGUGGGAGAGUGAGAAGAUACUGGUAACAAGAGGAUUUAUUUGUUAGAGGAUACCUCGAAGAAGUGACAUGUUGUUUGGUUUUUAGUUUUUCACAGAGAUACAUUGUAUUCAGAAUAUUCAUUUCAAUAAAAACAAUUUCAU